UAAAACCUCAAGUAUUUUGGACCGGAGAAAGUAUUAUCUGAAAGAUCCAUAAAAGACAAGUAUGACAAUUAAAUAACAGAAUAUUUUGAUUAAAUUAUAUUUACUAUGUCUCAUUUCAUGUGACAAACUUAAUUUUAGUAUGUGCUAAGUCGAAUAAUAUAUUUAUAUAUUUAGAGAUAAUAUAACUUUAAACUUCUUUUACCUUAAGAUUAUUCGUAGUCAUAGAAAUAGUCUCUAAUUUGUUAAAUCAUAUCUUUCUUUCUUUUUUAAACUCCAUCGUCACAACAUGAAACAAAAUAAAGUAUAGGGUACAAUUCAAUGUGUCCAAAGCUUUUCGUUUUUAAUUAAAUUAUGUCUUCGUCAAUUAAAGCACAAUUGACAAAAUAAAAGAGAGUCAGAGUAGUACAUAUUUCCAAUGAACAGAAAUAAACGAGUUUGACUGCAGUUAACUUGGAGAGGGUGCCUGUAUUCAGAGGGUAAAAUAGACAUUAUAUAGGAUAAAGAGGGAGGGGGGAAUGUCUAUUGUUCAUAGUUGAGGGGAGUUUGAUUUUAAAGCAAAGUUGGGGGUAAAAAUGAUUUUUCACUCAAUUAAAAACACACCUUACGUAUCAUUUUUUUUUGUGAGUUUUUUACCUGAAUUAUCCGGUGUUUGCGUUUCCUACUUAAAUUAUCACCAACUAUUCAGGUAGCAAACUCACAAAAAAGUGAUACUUGAGCUGUGUUUUUUACCAUUAUCUCUUUUUUCUUCUUAAAUAUAAAUCUGUUUACCCAGCUGCUUAAAAAACAUAUCCAUUAUCAGAGUCAUAAUAGAUUAUAGCUGUUAUUUUUUAAUGUAUAAUAUAGUGUGUAAUAAAUAUAUGAUCAACAUAUAAUAUAAAAAUUAUAUAAACAUAACACUGAUUAUUAGAUGAUUAUAUUGACUAAAAUUGUUAAUAUAAAAAUUGUGACUUUGUUGGACUGCUAGUAACAUAAAAUUUGCUUUUUUCCUCGUCGAAUUUUGAAAUCCGAAAUACGAGUAUUUUAAAAAAAAAACACGUCUCAAAAUGUUUUGCCUAAACAAAAAGGAAAAGAAAAUGAACGUAACCCUUCUCUGUCCUCAUUUUCUAUUUUCUCUAUUUUUACCUUCGGAUUUAGAUUUUCCAGGUGGAAAAAUACCAUUAACAUCACAGAUGAAGUUUAUUUCAGAAGCAUCCGAUAAGAGAUUACCAUGUUAUCGAGUUCUAAAUGACGAUGGCUCUCUAAUUUCUAAUAGCAUACACGAGCAGAUAGGGCAAGAAGUGGCAGUGAACAUGUACAGUGCAAUGGUUACUCUCAAGACUAUGGACACUUUCCUUUAUGAAGCACAGAGGCAAGGGAGGAUUUCCUUCUAUAUGACCUCUUUUGGUGAAGAGGCUAUCAACAUUGCAUCUGCUGCUGCUCUAUCACCACAUGACAUUGUUUUACCUCAAUAUCGAGAAGCAGGGAUCUUACUAUGGCGUGGCUUCACUGUGCAAGAAUGCACAAACCAAUGUUUUGGGAAUAAGGAUGAUAAAGGGAAAGGCAGGCAAAUGCCAGUUCAUUAUGGUUCCAAGAAACACAAUGUUAUUACCAUAUCUUCACCUUUGGCCACUCAGAUAUCUCAGGCUGCUGGUGUGGCUUAUUCUCUGAAAAUGGAUAAACGAGGUACUUGUGCUGCUGCUUAUUCAGGAGAUGGUGGAACUAGUGAGGGAGAUUUUCAUGCAGGAUUGAACUUUGCAGCUGUUAUGGAAGCUCCUGUUAUCUUCAUAUGCCGGAAUAAUGGAUGGGCCAUAAGCACCCCUAUACACGAACAGUUUCGAAGUGACGGCGUUGUGGCAAAGGGGCUAGGUUAUGGAAUAAGAAGUAUCCGUGUAGACGGAAAUGAUGUUAUUGCAGUUUAUAGUGCUAUUUGUGCAGCUCGUAAUAUGGCAAUUAGUGAGGAAAGACCCAUACUAGUCGAGGCAAUGACUUAUCGAGUAGGACACCAUUCGACAUCUGAUGAUUCCACGAAGUAUCGGCCAACGAAUGAAAUAGAAUACUGGAAAACAGCAAGAAGCCCCAUUGCAAGAUUUAGAAAAUAUAUUCAGAGAAAUGGUUGGUGGAGUGAUGACAAGGAAUCUGAACUCUGCAGUUAUGUCAAGAAACAGGUAUUACAGGCAAUUAAAACUGCAGAAGAAAUGGAGAAACCUUCAUUGACAGAAUUGUUUACAGAUGUGUAUGAACAGAUGCCACCUAAUCUCCAAGAGCAAGAGAUGUCUACUAGAGAUACUAUCAAGAAACAUCCUAAAGACUACCCUAUUGAUGCCCAUAUAUAGCUUAUUAUUUUUUUCGGUAUGCAAAUUCAUGGCAAAUCGUGUAGCAAUGUUUUCUGAGAAAUUGAACUUAAUUAAUACUAUACUUAUUACUGCAA